AUGAAGCAGCUACAGUCGGUUGGCCGGCCCGUGUCGUCCAGCGCGCUCAUGUCGCUGCUGGAGGUAUACGACUCGUCCGAAUGGCACGAGAUCGCCAGCCAAGAUCUGCCUGCCUUACCCUCGAAGGCGAAGUCCGCCGGCACAGUGGACAACGCGAAGCUGCUUCGCAGCGGCAAGGAGCUGAUGGCAGUGCUUGCUCGUGCGUAUUCGCGUCACGUAUGCGACACAGACACUGAGAAGGCGUGGAUGCGCGCAGUCGCUAAAGACCCCUUCAUCCCUCCGGACAAGAAGAACACCGCGACUCUAUGCGACUCGCUGGACGCCAUGGCUGUCCUCGCGAGCGAGAGCUGCGCGUUGAACUACAAGUUUAUCACCUUGCUGCUGGGCAUGUGCCAGAACACGGCGACCCGUGUGAUGCUGUGCUCGAUGGAGCGUAUGCACGCCCUUUUCAUGGAGGUGCUGCCGGGGCGAAAACUGCGCUACAUCGACCAACUGGACGCCAGCAGACAACGCUAUUUGCAGCAUCACUUGUUAACGUGGGAGAAAGGCGGCGCCGCAACGUGGGACAGCUUGGAGCCGCUCGCUCGGGUGGUGUUGCAUGUGUUGUGUUUCGAGGACUUUCUCAAGGGAGCCUACGCUGCCUUCAUCCAGCUGGUGACCGAUCAGUUGGAUGGCGGCCCCCCGUUCGUGCAGCGUAAGAUGCUCCAUUACGUGCUCGAGAUGCUAGCCAAGAAGCCAGAGCAGGAGGGUUUGCUUCUGGACAUCCUUGUGGGCCGUCUGUUUUCAAACGACUUGAAGCUUUCCGCGAUGGCCUCCGCGAAGUUGACCUCGCUUUUGGAGUGCCACGGUGGAAUGAAGGACAUCGUCGUUCGCCGUGUGGGCUCGAUGCUGCUGGGCUCCAUUGGUAAGGUGCACACGACGUUCGCGUCGCACAACGACGCUGCUGCAACCAAGAAGAAAAAGAAGCGUCGAUCGAAGGCUUUGCCGAGCGAGUUGAUUCCCAUUUUGCGGAGUAUCCAUCGCGGGGUUCUGUUUUUGACCGAGAUCCACUUCACCCGUAAAGACACGAAGGCCACAUCUGAGGCUCUGAAGUGCUACAUGUGCGUGCUGUCGUUCAUUUUCAAACCGUCCACUGGCGACAAGCGGUCCCGCCUGCUUCCCACGUACGAGUACGAUGAGUUUUCGCGCAUCAUCCGCUGCAUCUCCAGCGGCCUAGAGCGCUGCAUCAGCUUGGUGCGUCAUCGCGAGGGCAGUUUCGACAUCUUUGACUACGGCUCUGGGGAAGGCGAUGCGUCCCGCGAGUCGAUGGAGAAGAGCAUCGCAUCACUGUUCCGCGCUGCGCGUAAACCCAUCUCCUGCUCCACUAACAUCGGUCUGCUGUCGCUGAUUGCCCAGAUCCAACGUUCAGAGGAUCGUUUCUACAACCUGCUGUACGAGCGCAUACUUGACAUUCGCAUGUACGCGGCGGUAAACCGUCGAGCGCUGCUAACGCUGGCUGCCAAUUGCAUGUCAAACGACAAGGAUACCUGUCGUGUGGCGGCUUUCGUGAAACGUCUGCUUCAGGUUUGUUGCAUCUUGGGUUGUCGCUCACAUUCGUCAGGUUGCGUCGUGUAUUGUGGGCGCCGGGGUGUGCACGGUCAUCUCCCGAAUAUGCCGCGGCGCAAUAUGCGCAAAUACACCGCUUCAUGCGAUGAUAAGGGCUGCGGGUGA